CGAUCCGAGACGGACAGACGGCGCAGCGCGGGAGGAACUAGGAAGCUAGCGCCGGCGAUGGCGACCCCAGCGGCGGAGGCGUCCGGGAAGCGGGACGAGCUUGCCGACUCGCUGUCCGAGCUCCUCACCAACGUCUCCCUCACGGUCCGCGGCGAGCUCCAGGGGACUAACAAUCAGCUGGCUCUUCUUGAAAAGAUGAAUGACCGUAUAGCACAGGAAUACAGCAACUAUGGAGAUGUUUCAGCUGGCCUGCGGGUCUUUGUAGAGCAGCUAAAUGAGAAAAAUCAAGGUUUUGACGAAUGUAUAUCACAGAUUGAUGCAAUAGAUCAACUGGUGGUUGAGUUUGAGGCAGUGGUGUCCAUGCUCGAUAAGCAUGUUGCUCUCUUGGAAAAGAAAGUAGUAUCUGCCUAUCACAUUUCUUCUACCCAAUGAUUCCUAUCCAGAACAUGUUGUGAAUCUUCUGCUGCUCUUUUGUUGACACUUGAGCUUAUCAAAGAAAAUUGUAAAAUUGUGGAGGAGAAAAUAAUGAUGUACACGCUAACGUUUCAAACGUUUACUUGUAUCAUAGUGACAAAUAGCCAGCAAUCAAGAUCUUUGUCAUUUGCUAUUCCUAUGAUUAGAGUUGGCGUCAGGAAA